ACAAACACAGAAACACACACCGGGGCGAGGUAGGAGAGUCGCGAGAGACAUGAACGCGCGCCGCAAAGCACGCAGGGUCGAGCAGGACUUCUGAAGCCUCAGGAUGAUGCGCUUUCUGCUGCUGUUCAGCCGUCAGGGGAAGCUCCGACUGCAGAAAUGGUUCACGGCUCUCAGCGAUCGGGACAAGAAGAAGAUCAUACGUGACGUCACACAAAUGGUGCUGGCUCGACCCCCGAAGGCCUGCAACUUCCUGCAGUGGAGGGAUCUGAAGAUCGUCUACAGGAGGUAUGCGAGCCUGUAUUUCUGCUGUGGUUUGGAAGAGGAGGACAACGAGCUGCUCACACUGGAGCUUCUGCACAGAUACGUCGAGCUGCUGGAUCAGUACUUUGGCAAUGUGUGUGAAUUAGACAUCAUUUUUAACUUUGAAAAGGCUUACUUUAUCCUGGAUGAGUUUGUCAUCGGUGGAGAGGUGCAGGAAACAUCUAAAGCGUCUGUGGCCAAAUCAAUGGAGGAGGCAGAUUCUCUUCAGGAGACAAUGGAGGAGUAUUUAAACAAACCGACAUACUGAAGGAUCUUCAGAUAAUCACAGCCAUCACCUCAGUCUACACACACAAUAGCAAGAACUUCAUAUGCUGAAUGUGUUUAAUUAAGCUGCCAUUACGACACUGAAACAGAAACACUUUGCCUUACUCAGACUUUUGAGAUAGUGAGAAUACUAUUAUUAAAUGAUAGGAUUUAUUAUGAAAUUCGGCACACUGUUUUUGGCUGUAGACAAUCAGAAAGGGAGAGACACUCAUGUACAUUAGCGCUCAAAAUGUUGGGGUCAGUAAGAUUUUUUAAAAGUAAUUAAUACUUUUAUUCAGCAAGGAUGCAUUAAAUUGAUCUAACAUU